AUGCUAGCCUCAGCUCACGACGCCAUAACACCACAGUUCAUGCAUCACUCUACAACAAUAUCCCAGCCAGCAACGGAGACUACAGAUGACUCGGUGCAAGAUCACAAGUCAGGGACAAACAAUGUAGCAAAUCGCCAUCGUCGCAGAAUUGUCGUUGCCAUGACAGGGGCCACCGGGGCAAUCCUCGGGGUCAAAAUCCUAAUCGCGCUUCGUCGACUACAUGUCGAAACACACCUGAUCAUCAGUAAAUGGGCCGAAGCCACCAUAAAAUACGAAACAGACUACCAUCCAUCUAGUGUGCGUGCCCUCGCCGAUCACGUAUACAACAUCAACGACAUGGCUGCACCGAUCUCCAGCGGCUCGUUCCGAACAGACGGGAUGAUCAUUGUGCCAUGUAGCAUGAAGACGCUGGCAGCAAUCAGCACGGGGUUCUGCGACGACUUGAUCUCACGAAGCGCAGAUGUUAUGCUUAAGGAGCGACGGAAGCUAGUCCUCGUAACGCGCGAGACGCCGCUGAGCGAUAUCCAUCUGCGGAACAUGUUGACGGUUUCGCAGGCUGGCGGUGUUAUCUUUCCGCCCAUGCCGGCGUUUUAUGUGCGUCCGGCGUCAGUGGAUGACUUGGCUGAGCAAAGUGUGGGAAGAAUGUUGGAUAUGUUUGAUUUGGAUACGGCGGAUUUUGAGAGGUGGAAUGGGUGGAAGAGGUAA